CAAAAUGCAUGGGAACAUACGAAAAGGAAAGCUUAGCUUAAUUGAGUACGUGUUACCUCCCAACAUUACCAGACCACACUUGCAUGCAAUUCCUGCAAACCACCCAACACGUGGCGCAUCACUCCUCUCCACGUGGCCCCUUCUCUCUCCUUUAUAUAGACACCUCUUGAUUCUUGAUUCUUCCCAUCUCAUCCCAUCCAUCCUCUGAAUUCAUAUCAUAUCUUAAUAUUCAAAAAUGGCAGAUUACAUGCAACAUGAUCGGCAGAUGACCCACCGUGGUCAGCAGCAGCCUCGUGCUCAGCAAGUGAUCAAGGCGGCUACCGCCGUGACUGCCGGUGGAUCCUUACUAGUACUGUCGGCACUUACACUAGCAGGGACAGUGAUCGCCUUGACUAUAGCAACACCGUUGCUUGUCAUAUUUAGCCCGGUGUUGGUCCCUGCAGCCAUCACGGUUGUGUUGUUGGUAUUUGGGUUUUUAUCCUCGGGUGGGUUUGGAGUUGCAGCGUUAUCGGUGUUGGCUUGGAUCUACCGUUACAUGACGGGUCACCACCCACCCGGGUCGGAUCAGCUGGAUCAAGCAAGGAUGAAAUUGUCGGGGAAGGCAAGGGAUGCUAGGGAUAAAGGUGAGCACUUGAUUAACCAGGCCACCGGAGGAGGAGCCCAUGGUGGAACUACUCACACUACUCAAUAAUUAAGUUGACAAUUAUGCAUGCAAAUAUAUGGAAUAAUAACGUACUAUCAGUAUCAAUGAAUCAUAUCAUGCUAGUGCAUAUAUGACUUGAGACUUGAGACUUGAGACUUGAGACUUGAGAUCCAAGGUCAAGGUCAUGGUCAUGGUCAUGGUCAAGACUGAAGAGCUUUUUGGAGAAGCUAGCUAGGGUUUAUAGAAUGCUGCAUCUUUUGUUUGUAAUUGUGUAAUAACUAAUAAUCGAUCUUUUGUCUUUUUUUAAUUAUGUUCAAUUUCCCCUUUUUUUUAUGUGUUUUUGUCUUUUUACUUUCCUAUAUAUAAUCUUGUGCA